GUGGCCAAUGGAUUUUUAUCUUUUUUUUUCUUUUCUUUUCCCCCUUUUUUUUUAAUAAGCGUUACUACCCAUUAAAAAAAGAUGAGAUUAAUUAUUCGUGAUGAUUAUGACGAGGUUUCCGAAUUUAUUGCCAACUAUAUCAAGGAACGUAUAAGACAAUUUGAGCCCACGAGUGAAAGACCGUUUGUGCUUGGUCUCCCCACGGGAUCGUCUCCUAUCGGUGUUUACAAGCGACUUGUGGAACUGUACAAGGGAGAAAAAAUCAGUUUCAAACAUGUGGUGACGUUUAAUAUGGAUGAAUACGUAGGUCUUGCUCGUGACCAUCCCGAAUCCUAUCACUCCUUCAUGUGGAACAACUUGUUCAUGCAUGUCGAUAUUAAUCCUUCUAACGUCCAUAUCCUCGAUGGUAACGCACCCGAUCUGGAUGAAGAGUGCAAGAAGUUCGAGGCCGAUAUCGCUCGUGUAGGUGGUAUCGAAUUGUUCUUGGGAGGUAUCGGUCCAGAUGGUCACAUCGCUUUUAAUGAACCAGGCUCUUCACUUACCUCACGUACUCGUGUCAAAACAUUGGCUUAUGAAACCAUUAUCGCUAAUGCUAGAUUCUUUGAAGGUGAUAUCACAAAGGUACCCAAACUAGCAUUGACCGUAGGUGUAGCUACUGUGAUGGAUGCGCGUGAAGUGGUUGUCUUGAUUACAGGUGCACACAAGGCCAUUGCGUUAGCCAAAUGUAUUGAAGAAGGAGUAAAUCACAUGUGGACAGUGUCUGCUAUUCAAAUGCAUCCAAAGGGACUGAUUGUCUGUGAUGAAGACGCAACUUUGGAGCUUCAUGUGAAGACUGUAAAGUAUUUCAAAUCCAUUGAACAUGUUCACCAUUCUUUAAUUGGUUCUGAAAACUUGUCUCUUCAAGGUGGUGUCAAACAAUUAAAGAGUGUUUUGGCUGCCGCCAAUAAUUGCCCUACUACACCAAUGGAAUAAAAAAAUAUGAGUUGUGACUUUUUAAGAGUAAAAAAAAAAAAAAAAAUUAGUACAGUAUUUUUUUUUUUUUAAAUAUAUAUAUUUCUUCUUUUUAAAGUAAACAAAAAUAAAAUAUACACACGCAUAAUGGAAGUAGCAUCAACUCACAAAUGGGAGGACGAUGGAGGACC